GAAACGGUUUGUCUUCAUUCUGAGACAGCCUCCGAGCUCGACGCAUCUUCUCGACGAUCACCUUCCCAAGUUCUCCGCAAGUCAACAUGCUGCCAUUCUCUAUCGACAGGCUGGUCGGCGUGGAGAAGCCAGGCCCCCUGAGGGAGGACGACCACCUUCCCGCUCCCCUGCUCAGCAUGGUCAGGUGCAGCCCGCCCGUGUCGGGGUCCGAGUCGGGAUCCGAGGACGACCGAGCCGGCAGCAUCUCACCCAUCGGCGUCAGUCCCAACCCUCUGCCGACGACGACCGACGAGACGAAGCCCGAGUCGCCCGAGUCCCCGUCCGAGCUGGAGAAGCCCCGCCAUUCGUACAUCGCCCUGAUCGCCAUGGCCAUCAUGUCAUCCAAGGACAAGCGGCUUCUCCUGGGCGACAUCUACCAGUGGAUCAUGGACAACUUCCCGUUCUACCGCAACAACGAGCGGUCCUGGCGCAACUCCAUCCGCCACAACCUGUCCCUCAACGACUGCUUCAUCAAGGCCGGGCGGUCUCAGGACGGUAAGGGCAACUACUGGGCCAUCCACCCCGCCAACAUGGAGGACUUCUCCCGGGGAGACUUCCACCGCCGCCGCGCCAGGAGGAACGUCCGCCGCUACACCGCCAUGGCCCAGCAUCCCUACAUGCAGUACGGGUACCAGUACGCCGCCAUCUCCCAGCCGUCCUCCUACAGCUACGCGCCCCACCCGCACCACUACGCCGUGCCCGUCACCUCCGCCUACGCCACGUCCCUGCCGUAUCCCGCCGUCAUGACGUACCCGCGCUCCGACGUCAUGGCGCUGCCCUACACCAGCUACAGCUACCUGCCCGCCGCCUCGCCACAGAUGGUUCCUGCGCCAGUUCAGAACCUGCAGAGAGUCUCGCUGUAAGGACUGGUAGUAGGAAGAAAAGUUGUAUAGGGACAAUUGCUCAAUACUUGUACAAACUUGUAAAUAAUUCAAGUGUAUAUAUGAAGCAUUUUACCGCUACAAGUCGUAGCAGGACAAGUUGUACAGAUUCGCUGGUGACACCCAUGUAUCAUCUAACUUUUAUCAUUGUUUUUCUUGAACCAUUGUCCGAUGACCACGGUAAAGCAGAGCUUCAAUGCAUUUGUAUCUAAGCUCAAAUAACUAUGCAAAACUGUAUAUCAUACGAAGUUGCCUUACAAUUACGAGCAGUUAUGAUUGAUACUGUGUGCAAUAAGUAAAACUGAAAUGUAUGUACGAAUGUUGUAAAGUUAUUUGUAAUGUUUAACGUUGUUUGUAAUCGAGAAUUUUGCUGGAACAAAAUUCCUCACAAAAUGUCGUUAUAUUUUGUUUGACGAACUUCGUUGAACUCAAUAAAAGAAAGUGGAAAUCA